CAUCAUCAUCCAUCCCUCCAUUGUUUGAGACAGUGACAUUAACUCAACGUUGCACGACCGCGAAUCGUACAAACUCAUCCAUUUGUACGUCUUUUUGCUUCUCGCCAUCCCCUUUUUACCGUUUCUCGGUUUUGAUCGCCUUCAGACAGCUAACUCGCCGCUUUUUGCCCCCCCAUAGGCAACCUUAGUCUUGUAUUCCAACCCAGCCAACUUUGGGAACAAGCCUUUCUCUCUCCAUCAAUCCACCAAACUACACACACAUAACAAACAAAACAACUCAAACCUUUAUUCACAAUGGCUCCUCGCGUUCCUCGUCUCCCCAAGGCCAGACCCACCGAGAUCUUCUGCGUCUCCGCCGCCGGCGUCGGUGUCCUCGCGCCUCUGUACAUGGCCUGGCCCGGUGCCGAAGAGAAGAUUGCCAAGCAGACCACCAAGUGGGCUCCUCGCUGGGAGCGCAACAUCAACUACCUCUCCAACCCUGCUGAGCGCACUGCCCAUCGCAUUGAGCCCCCCAUCUCCAAGGUGGUAAAGAAGCUGGACGAGAAGCUGCCGCUGGAGAAGAUGGCCAAGGGCAUGGAGAGGGGCAUCCGCAAGUCCAUUGAUCGCUUCAGCGGCCCCAAGUCAGAAUAAGUCGCUGCAUGACAUUGUGCUUUUGAUGUCUUUUUAGUUGAUGGCCAUCAUGUCCUUUCUUUCUUUUGUAUUAUUGUCAUGGCUUCUUUUGGGGAUGGCAGACGGUUUCUGGAGACGGCUGGAGCCUAUGAAAUGAAAUCAUCGGGCUCGCCAUGUGGCGUUGGUAAUUGAUUUGUAUCAUCUUUUAUAACUCAGAUGCUGCCUGCAUGCUUCUUCGUCUUGAUUAGCGAAACUGGGUCAACAAAUACAAAAAAAAUUUGAAUCACACUUAGUUUUUAUUUGAUUUCAAUGUGAAGCCUUUCU